GCCUGCGCGGUGACGUCGCGCCAGGUGGGCGGGGCGUGUGCUGCUCGCUGCGUUUCCGUGUUUGUGCUGCUCCGGUCGAAGAGAAGCCGAGCGGGUCCGCGAUGUCUCACCAAACCGGCAUCCAAGCCACGGCUGAAGUGAAGGACAUAUUUGCAAAGGCACGAAACGGAGAGUAUCGUCUGAUUAAAGUGGUGAUAGAAAAUGAACAGCUUGUGCUGGGAGGAACUAAACCAGCAGCCAAGAAGUGGGACCAGGAAUGGGACAGCUAUGUUCUCCCUCUGCUGGAGGAUGAUAUGCCAUCCUACCUCCUCUACAGGCUGGACACCACCAAUAAUCAGGGCUACGAGUGGAUCUUCCUGGCGUGGUCACCAGACCACUCACCUGUUCGGCAGAAGAUGCUGUACGCUGCUACGAGGGCCACGCUGAAGAAAGAAUUUGGUGGUGGGCACAUAAAAGAGGAGAUUUUUGGCACUGCUAAGGAUGACAUUUCUCUAAACGGGUAUAAAAGGUACCUGACCUCCCUGGCUGCUCCGCUCCCACUGACCGCUGCUGAGGAGGAACUGAGGCAGAUCAAACUCAACGAGGUGCAGACGGACAUCCAUGUGGACACAAAGCAGCAGACUCUGCAGGGUGUAUCUUUUCCCAUGCAGAGAGAGGCUAUUCAGGCCCUGGAGCAGUUCAGAGAGAAGAGAAUAAACUAUGUUCAGCUUGAAAUAGAUUUUCCGAGGGAGUCCAUCAAGUUGUCCAGCACAGCUCCGACAGAGUUGAAGGACCUGCCAAAAAGAAUCCCUAAAGAUGCUGCACGCUACCACUUCUUCCUCUACAAACAUACACAUGAAGGAGACUACCUGGAGUACACAGUGUUUAUCUAUUCGAUGCCUGGCUAUAAAUGCAGCAUUCGGGAGAGGAUGUUGUACUCGAGCUGCAAAAACCCCCUCAUAGACACGGUGGAGAAAAAUCUGCACAUUGAAAUUGCCAAAAAGCUGGAGAUUGAUAAUGGUGACGAACUCACCAGUGAUUACCUGUAUGAAGAGGUGCACCCCAAGCAGCACGCGCACAAACAAGCUUUUGCCAAGCCCAAGGGUCCAACGGGGAAGAGGGGAGGGCGUAGAAUCACACGUCCUCCAGGAGACGGCGAUGACGAUUAACUCCCUUCUCUGCUCAUUUAGAGUAGCGGUGGUACAGUGAGCCCUUGUUAUAACUUACCUCCCAGUUUACCUUGAAACCUGUAGCCCACAUCCCAUAGCUUUAUCUAUGCACAAGGAAAAACACUAAUCUAUGACCGUCUGAAGAGCAUUCAGGUGCAUUCAGGAAUGCUAUCUGUGAUAAUAAUGGUGAGGAACUUAACACUAUUACACUGUUAAGCUGGAAAAUGGACUAGCUUCUUAGACGCAUAUUAAACCCAACUUUGGAUUGAAGUCCAACACUAUUCAUAGGCUGACUUUAAGUAGCCCCUAUGCAAUUGCUUGACUCAGGAAGGCUGAAUGGUCAGCUGUUUUUGUUCCAUUUGUCUGCAUCUUAUUGAUUUACUCGCUUGCUGUUCUAGUCAAAUAUCAGCCGUUUGACUGUUUGCCUAAACAACAAUCUCAUAUGACUCCAAGUGUGAGCUAAUCAAUAGUGUCCUGACAUCUGAAACAUCUGAGCUGUGCAGCCCUCUUGCUUUGGAGUCGGAUCAUUUUAAUGAAGGAAUUGCCGAGUGCAACAAGUGAUGAAGAAAUUUUUUUAUCUGCAUUUAUUCGUAGGUCUUAACUCCUUUUGUGAUUUGUAAUGUAGAAGACUUUGAUAAUAGAGAGGAAUUUUUUCUGAGAAACCUGAAUAAGUGAUGCUCUCAGCAUCAGAAUCUUUUUCACAUUCUUUACGUGAAACCUAAACUCGUAGAAACACUAUUUUUCUAAGCCUGAAAGGCUGAUAUGUCCAGAUCAUGUUGGCUAACACCUCACAUCAAACGUGCUCUGUCUUAGUGGUCAGCGUGUUUGUCUCGUUUCACGUGUAAAACAAUUCAUUGCUUUUAUUCCCCGACGUUCACUUCCACUUAACAUGCAUUGAGUUUACUCAGCACCUCUGAAGGAACCACUGAAGGAACAGUCCAGUAGUCCAUCCUUAGAGACAGUGAUCUUCCAAUUUUUUUUUUUUUUUUUUUAAAUGAACAUCGCAAAUGCAAACAUUCAGUUUUCCAGACGUUUUGACUGGUCUAAACCCACUGGUAUGUUCAGCAGUCCAAUAGCAUCCUCAUAUCAUUGUCAUUUGAAUUAUGAAUAAGUGUCUUCACAAAAAAAUGUAUUAGCUGUUAGUAUUCUGACCCUGUUAGGCAUCACUAAUCUGUGUUCCUCAUAUUUUGGCGUCACGUUGAAACAGAAGCCCACCUGCUGGAGAAUAUUCCACUAAACUGCGUGCUUUCAGAACAUUUACACAGGCUUGUUCUUGAUCAGCCUUGGUCACCGGUUUGGCACCACGUCUGACUUUAGAAACACACACUUCACAAAAGCAGUCUUUUUAAAAUGAAAAUAAAAGUUGCACUACUUCUUCACAACGUCUCGGAAGGGAGUGAACUACACAGCAGAAUUCAGAGGAGAGCUCCAUCUACUGAACAGGCAAACCACUGUUAACGUUGCUCUUGUAAAAGAGUGUUAUGAGGUCUCAGAGUGAAUUGUUGACAUCGUUGUUCAGUGUAAGUCUCUGUGUUUUUUAACAAAUCAAAAUGUAUGAGAUAGGGAAAUUAAAAUAUUUAAAUCACGUA